AUGCCUCCUGCUUAUGAUGAAGAGGAAGGGAUGGGACCUCUUGAGAAAGGUCGACAUCGUUACCAGAAGAAGAACUAUCAAGGCGCAUUAACUGCAUUCACAGAGGCUGUGAAAAUUAGUACUGAUUAUCUAUUGCUCACUGCUUUAGAUCAUCGCGCUGCUACGUAUGAGAAGUUGGAUUUAUUGCAACCAGCUCUUAAAGAUGCGAAAGAAAUGCUUGAACUGAAACCAGAACUAUCUAAAGGAUAUCUUCGAUGUGGGAAAGCUUUACAGCUUAAAGGGGAGCAUCAACUAGCCUUGAAAAUCUACGAGCGUGGUCUCAGAAAGGUCAAAAUUGAUACUGACAAAGAUCGUUUGACCCUGCAAUCAAUGUUCAAUAAAUUACAAAAGUCACUAGCGCCUAGUAAAACUCUAGAUCCGCUCUCGUACCUACCCUUUGAACUGGCAGAAAUGAUAGCUCAGCAGCUUAGCAUACGAGAACGAAUGAUUUGUUUGAGCGUGAGCAAGUCAUGGAAGCGAGUAUUGGAAUCUUCUCAUAAGCUAUGGACUACCUUCGACACUAGCAUUACUAGAAGAGGCCUCUCUCAAAAAUCUUUGAAGGCAUACCUUAGGAGAUCAAAUUACACUGUCGAUGAAGCUGUCCUUAGGUACGAUACUAUCGAUGCCGCAAAAUUGCAGUAUCUCACCAGGACAUGUAUAAAGUUGCAACGCCUUACAAUAUACAACAAAAAUAUUGCUGUGAUUGGAGAGACCUUAACUUCGGCACUUCCCUUUGCAAAGUCAUUGCAAUAUUUGAAUGUGCAGAUGUUUCGAAUCUCUUUUCAGUCCGUCCUCGAAUCAUUACGGCACGUUCAAGCAACAAUUGUUCAGGCAGAGUUUAUGGAAGUUCAUCAUACUUCCCGAGAUGCUGGUUGCAUUUGGCCAAGGUUAGAAAAUUUGCGCGACUUGAAAGUGUGCAAUGGAUCCCAUGGUAGUAGCAUGCUAUUGGGCAACCUAAUCGAAUCAAUUCCCAACAUUCAAACGUUAUCAUUGUCAAAUUUUGACUUACAAAAUCUCUCUCCAUUGGACUUGGGUGGGCCCCUUAAGAGUCUGGAAGUUAUUGAACUCAUAUCGUGUGGUUUGAGAACGGUUCCAUUGCUUCCUUCAACGCUCAAAACCCUUCAUCUUCAUGACAACCUGCGAUUGACAAACCAAAAAAGCGGUAAUGUUCUUUUUCCCUUAUUGGAAACUCUCACGUGCCAGGAUACUGGACUCAGCGAUGAAUGGAUUGUUUCUGUUCUCAAAAACGCCCACAAUCUUACGCAUCUAAACAUUGGAAGUCGCCUGGUCGGAGAUUACACUGUCGCACACCAAAAUUUUCCUGUAUGCGAAAAUGUCAUGGUAUUGUGUGUUAGCUAUUUACAGUAUGAAGAAAGAGACUUCAUCCGUAUGGUCGAAAAAUGUCCAAAUCUGGAAAAGCUAAUUAUCUGUGGUACAAAGAUCACAGGUGUUGCGGUGAAGCAUUUUGUUAACCAAGGGGUUAAAUUCCUCGACGUAAAGGAUUGCCAUAAAAUCAGUCCGGACGCUAUUGAAUAUGCUCGUGGGAAGGGUGUGGAAGUCAAAUUCAAUUUUACUGAACGCAUAACCACGCCAAACUAUAGAGACCGAAUGAUAGCCUUUUGA